AUAAUAUUCUUGGUGUUUUUAAUUCAUCAUAUCCACGACCCUCACGGCGCCCUUAAAGGACGACCCUGGGCGGUUUUUCCGGAUGAACCGUGCUCAAUGUCACGCUGUAUGGGCGCUUCAGCCCAUGCUAUUGCUAGCUACAGAUAACGGUGCUUCAUAGUGUAUAGGCUGUAAGCUAGGCUAACGUCUAGCUAGUAUUUAACACUAGUAGUCUGGAGUGUCAGCUUUAUGUGCUUCUUUACGUUCGGGUGGUUUGGCGCCGAGCAGCGAAGGGUCACGGGGAGGAAGCUAGCUCUGGAUACAGGGCUAAGAGGAUGCUAACGAUGGCGGUGGUGAGGAGGCCCCGCUGAAGGCUUCUGGAGGCGUCCUGAUGAGCGACCAGCCGGUGCUCCAGGGGGAGGAGUCCUCUCAGAGAGGGGAGGAGCCUUGUUCCACAGGGGAUGGGCACCUGGAUGCGGGGGAGGAGCCUAGCGUGCUGCUGCACAAGCUUAAGAGCAACAUCUCCAAGAAUGUGGAGAGCAAAGUGGAGGACAUACUGCAUGAUGUUCAGCGCUUCUCAGACAACGACAAGCUCUACCUCUACCUGCAGCUCCCGUCUGGACCGGGCCCCGGGGACAAGAGUGCGGGGGACUCCAGCUCCUUCAGUACAGCUGACCAGCUCCACACCUGCUGCUGGAUCCGCUCCCACCUGGAGGAGCACUCGGACACCUGCCUCCCCAAGCAGGACGUCUACGAGACCUACAGGCGCUACUGUGAGAACCUCCACCAGAGGGCGCUCAGCGCCGCCAACUUCGGGAAGAUCAUCAGAGACAUCUUCCCCAACAUCAAGGCCCGCCGGCUGGGCGGCCGAGGGCAGUCCAAGUACUGCUACAGUGGGAUCAGGAGGAAGACUGUCCUCAACAUGCCCCUCCUGCCCAACCUGGAUCUCAGCAGUGACCCGGCGGAGCUGACGGAGCUGGUGCAGACGUACCGGGCGGAGGUGACGGAGGCGGCCUGCCAGCUGAUCUGCGACUGGGCCCAGAAGAUCCUGAAGCGCUCCUUCCUCACGGUGGUGGAGGUGGCGCGCUUCCUGGUCCACGAGCACCUGGUGGACCCGCGCUGCGCCCAGGCCAGCCUGCUGACCGCCGCCACGCUCACCGGAGGUCCUUCUAAGCCCAACAAGGUGAUAAAGAAAAUUUCUAGAGAAACAGAGAACGUCCCAUCAGACGCGAAGAGGGAGAAGGAGGCGGAGUCUUCCUCCUCCUCGUCUAAACCUCCGCCAGCAGACAGACCCUCGUCCUCCUCCCUGGACGCCACUCCCCCCCCUGGCUCCUCCUCCCUGCGGACUGCGGGGGGGCGGGACCUCCAGGUGGAGGCCCUGAUGAAGCACCUCCCCCGGAUCCUCCCCAGGAGCUCGGCCCCGGACAAGGCCCCGCUGGCCGUGCGCGCCUCCCCCCCCUCCCUGGCCCCCAAGGACGCCUCGGGGGUGAAGGUCAUCGCCAUGGCGACGCUGCCCCAGCAGCAGGGCGGCGCGAUGCCGCUGGUGAUCCUGCCCCAGGGCUGCCUGUCCUACGGCGAGAGGGACCGCCCCCCCGCCCACAACCCCCGCCCCCCGCCGCACCACGCCGCCCCGGCCACGCCCACCUCCGUGCUGCAGCGGGCCAGGGGCGGGGCCAAGAGGCCCCUGGAGGCGGGGCCCGCGCUGGGGGGCGGAGCCAACGCCACGCCGGUCAAACGGAAGCGAGGGAGACCCCGGAAGGCCCGCCCCGACGACCCGCCCCCUCCCCCUCCCCCCGCCCCGCCCCCUCCCCCCCUCACGCAGCACGCCUCCAUCAUCACCUCGCUCACCGGGGGGGUCAUCCAGAAGGCGGGCUCCUCCUCCCAGCAGGUGGUGGAGCUGGUGAUCCAGGAGCGGCCGCCCCCCCGCAGGGGGGUCCUGGUGCACGGCGGCCUGGAGCCCCCCCCCAACCCCCUGCUGCUGCUGCAGGGCCCCGCCCCCGGGCCCCCCCCCGUGGCGGGGAGGACCGCCAUGGUGGAGGUCAUCAAGAGAGCGCCCAAGCCCCGCCCAAAGACGCCCCCCCCGCUCAUCAAGCUGGAGCUGGGGGAGGUGGAGAUCACCCUCACCCCCUAGGACCCCCCUCGGCCCCCCUCGGCCUCCUCCGUGACUCCGCCCCUUUGACCGGCUCCUCCUCCUCCUCUGCCGACGGGGGGCCCCCCCGCCCCCUGCUGCUGGUCGCCGUGAUAACCAGCACUCCUGCCGUCCCUCCCUAUCGGUGGAAAGUCCCUGACGGGGACACAUGAAGCCACGCCUCUCGGAGGACGAGGCCCCGCCUCCACGAGGUCGAAGCCCCGCCCCCCCUACAUGGACCGCUGCAUGCUCCUCCCCCCCCACCCCCCCCCCCCCCCAGGUUCUGCAUGGCUUUUUACUUCCUCCCUCCUCCCCUUAACGUCCUUGUUUGGCUCCUCCCUUCCUCCAGUGCUGAGAGGAGGAGCAGCAGGAGGAGGAGAGACAGUAAGCAGAGCUCCAGUAUUGGUCACGGUGCUCAGAGAGUUUAUACGGGUUGAACCUCGUCUGGUUCAUGUGUGGAUAAGGUCUGGUCCUGUUCCCUCUGCCCUGGACCCAGUGGGUCACUGCUCCGGGUCACUGCUCCGGGUCACUGCUCCGGGCCACUGCUCCGGGUCACUGCUCCAGGUCACUGCUCCGGGUCCAGUGAGCCGGGUCACUGGGUUCAGUGAGCCGGUCACUGGGUUCAGUGAGCUGGUCGCUGGGUUCAGUGAGCUGGUCACCGGGUUCAGUGAACAGCUCACUGGGUUCAGUGAGCUGUUCAUUGGGUCCAGUGAGCAACUCACCGGGUUCAGUGAACAGCUCACUGGGUUCAGUGAGCUGUUCACUGAACCCAGUGACCGGCUCACUGAACCCAGUGACCCGGCUCACUGGGUUCAGUGAGCUGGUCACCGGGUUCAGUGAGCUGGUCACUGGGUUCAGUGAGCUGGUCACUGGGUUCAGUGAGCUGGUCACCGGGUUCAGUGACCAGCUCACCGGGUUCAGUGAACAGCUCACUGGGUUCAGUGAGCUGUUCAUUGGGUACAGUGAGCAGCUCACCGGGUCUUCACAGCUCUUCUAUGCAAGUGGAGAACAGGGGGUGACUUGAGUGCGUAGGAAGGAGAUAACUUGUUUCCUGUUCAGAUGGCUCCCUCACUGCAAUAUGUCUCGCCACCACCAGGUGUCGUGCUGAAUACUGUCCACAAGGUCCAUAAGUAGCAAGUAUGAAACCAAAUACUUUCCCCUGUUCCAAGAAUGGGUACCUAGUAUAAAAACUCCUCCGUGAGUACUGCUGUUUUCUAAAAGGUUGCCUUGGCAACAGGCAUGGUGAGCGUAGGUGAAGGGUUGCCCACAGGGCAGUACGCAGGGCACAGUAAUAUCUGUGGAUUCACUAAGGGAAGGUUGUACCACCUGAAUACGUCAAACCUAAAAGCACAAACACAGGUUUAUCUUAAACAGUGACCUCGCGAGCCGUUCUGGUUCCAUCAGUCCUACCUUGCCAUGGCAACAAACUCCUCCAGCCAGCCCCCACUCCCAUGACGUCCCAUCUCUGGCGUCACAUGGGCCCCGGCUGGUCAUGUGGUGGUCGGAUCCUCUCUCUGUAGGAUAUAUAUUCUGACUGUAGGCUGUAAGAUAUAUUCUGACUGUAGGCUAUAUUCUGACUGAAGGCUAUAAGGUAUAUUCUGACUGUAGGCUAUAAGGUAUAUUCUGACUAGGCUAUAUUCCGACUGCAGACUAUAAGGUAUAUUCUGAUUGUAGGCUAUAUUCUGAAUGUAGGCUAUAAGGUAUAUUCUGACUGUAGGCUAUAAGGUAUAUUCUGACUAGGCUAUAAGGUAUAUUCUGACUGUAGGCUAUAAGGUAUAUUCUGACUGUAGGGUAUAUUCUGACUAGGGUAUAUUCUGACUGUAGGCUAUAAGGUUUACUCUGACUGUAGGCUAUAAGGUAUAUUCUGACUGUAGGCUAUAAGGUAUAAUCUGACUGAAGGCUAUAAAGUAUAUUCUGACUGAAGGCUAUAAGGUAUAUUCUGACUGUAGGCUAUAAGGUAUAUUCUGACUGUAGGCUAUAGGGUAUAUUCUGACUAGGCUAUAGGGUAUAUUCUGACUAGGCUAUAGGGUAUAUUCUGACUAGGCUAUAGGGUAUAUUCUGACUAGGCUAUAGGGUAUAUUCUGACUAGGCUAUAGGGUAUAUUCUGACUGUAGGCUAUAGGGUAUAUCCUGUAUGGGCUGAGGGGGAGGGGGUUGUUGCCAAGGCAAUGCACAGUGUAGAUUUGAAACUAUUUGUGAAACUCCUUCAUCUAUCUUAUUUAUUGAGGUCGUCACUUGUUGCCUACUGAGAAAUGUGUACUUUAGCACCUAGUCCUGCUAACAUUUAGCUCUUAAGCUAGGCUAGGUAGCACAUGCUACCAACCUAACGGCUCUGGUCAGCAUUAGUGAUCCUGGAUCAAAAAUAAUAAAAUGACAAACGUUGCACUGCUUAAAUCAAAAUCCUCUACGUUACGGACUUAAUGGUCAUAUGCAUUAUUAGUAUUUAAUAUUUAGGUAGGACGCUUUAUGCUUCCAGAAGUAGGAAACAAACAAGACUAUUAUUAGGUUUGGCUAAAGUGAGGUCAGAGGUCAAGUUAUACCUUAGCAUCCACUCUGAAGGUCUCCGAGCAGCAGUACUGGACAGGAGAGAGAGAGAGAGAGAGAGAGAGAGAGAGAGAGAGAGAGAGAGAGAGAGAGAGAGAGAGAGAGAGAGAGAGAGAGAGAGAGAGAGAGA